AUGAAGUGCGACGCGACUCUUUCGCCCGCCUCUAUCCCCACAACCCACUAUGCGCCAUACAACGCAUCUCUAGCUUCUUCCGCCUCAACAUCUACAUCCUCUGUGUGGUCCGACACCUCCUCGCAGAACUCCGACGACACCUCCGCCUCUGUCCACUCUUCCGACUCGGAUUCGUGCGAAUCCUUCUUCUCGGCCAAGGCCUCUGCUGCUGAUCGCGUCCUCAACUUCCGACGUCACGCGCAAAAGCCCCAGACCGAGGCAGUCCCUGCUGAGCUACGCCAAAACCCUCGACGAACUUCCAACGGUCCCAAGGUCCGCCCCUCUCUGGUUCGACAGUCCGACCGAAAAGUGAACUUCGUCGAUAGCCUUGUUGAUUCGUCGACUCAAAUUGUCGAAGCAAUUUGGCCUCUCUCUUCGGUUGUUUGCCGAAGCGAGCUGGGUAGCAAGGCGGUUCUCCCGCUGCGCACCUUUAUCCAGGAGACUCUGCGCCGCUCGCGCACAAGCUACUCUACUCUUCAGGUUGCUCUCUACUACCUGAUCCUCAUCAAGCCUCAUGUCCCGACUCACAACUUCACCACUGAGCAGCCCGAAGAUCGACAUGCCGAUCGCGCGCUCCAGUGUGGUCGCCGCAUGUUCCUCGCGGCUCUGAUCCUGGCCUCCAAGUAUCUCCAGGACCGGAACUACUCUGCUCGGGCUUGGAGCAAGAUUUCGGGGCUCAACACUCAUGAGAUCAACCAGAACGAGAUCGCUUUCCUCCUUGCUGUCAACUGGAAGCUCCACAUCGCCGAUGAGGUCUUCCAGAGAUGGACUGAUAUUGUGCUCAAGCACACUCCUCCUCCUAGCCCUCCCUCCCCAGGUGGUGUCUCUCAGCUUGUGACCCAGCAGGUUGCCGACUGGAAGCGCAUUAUCCUGGGUCUCAACCCCCAGCUGACCAACCUGGCGGGUUUGAUUCCUGCUGCUCCCGUUGCCGCUCGGUCAAGCGACCUUUGCGCGCUCUCGCCUCGCAGCAUCCUCAACCUUCCUCAGGAAACCCGACCUUCAACUGUUUAUGACUCGGCCGAGUCCGCUCCCAAGUCAUACAACGCGCCCAUGGUCAUGGAGCCUACGCCUUCUGUAUAUACUCCCGGCCGCGUGGCUCCAGCUCCGGCUUUGGGCAUGCUACCCACCCCCCGACUUACUCCUCAGAGCAGUGGGCUCUGCACUCCUGCUGCGGGUGCUGCUUCCCACAUGCUUGGUAAGAGCUCAGCCAUGGGUCUGGCAAUGGCCCAGGCCAACAACACGAGCGCCACUCAGUAUCUCGACCGCAUUCCCAUGUCAAUUACUUCGUCGCCUCAAAGCUACUGCCCAACCCGUCGAUCCUCCCUCGCCAACUCAGUCUCGACUGCCUCCUCACCCGAAUCGAUGAUCUCGGAUUCCUCGCGCUCCUCGCGCUCUUCCUCCAUUUCUUCUGCCUCUUCGCUCGCUAGCGCGACCCUCAGCUCCUCCAAGCUGGGCAUGCAGUCGCGAUUCCGAAUGUCGAGGUUGAGCAAUGAGAGGCUGAGCCAGAAGCCGACAAUCCCUUCGGUUCCUGAGGACUACGACGUGCACUGUUAUUCGUCUUCUCCCGAGUCUUACACCGGCACGGUUAACAAGCUCGGGGACUGGUCUAUGGAGACUCCACUGGCCAGACGAGAACAGCAACUGGAGGACAUGACACGCGAUGCAUCCGACGCUGCUCGCGCCCUGCAGGAGCUUCAGAACUACCGCGCUGCUGAAGCUGUGCCCACGGCAUUCGCCCGGACUGGCUCCAAGCGAAGCAGAACUGCUUCUAUGGAUAACGGUCUCCAGGAGAAUGUCCGCGAGAUGCUCAAUGGUCACUACUACUCUACCGAGCGCCACGCUUGGUCCGAUACGUUGGUUCGCGCCCGAGGCUCUGCCUUGGAAUCGAACCUCCAGAUUCCCGUUCAACCCAGCCUUCCCGGCAGCGGCAAGCGAAUCUGCUGCUCAGCUGAGGCGGCACAGGAGUAUGCACUUUCCUCUGUCCACUCCAACAUGGGUCUGCGGGGACCUGGCAUGUGGGAGGGUAUCCUGAACUAA